UUUUCGAGUUUAAUUUUUACUGCCACCUAUCUACAAUCUCGCUGGGCGUCCUUUACGUCUACUCCUAGGAGGAACCCAAUCUAGUGAUUUAAGUUUACACUAGUAUUCAGUUAGUAAUGUAGUACUAACUGAAAUGGCCUUUCUUUUUAGGACGUGCAAUGCUUAAGAUUUGUCGAAUUUGCGAACAAUUUACAGAAACAUCAGUGUUCAUCCUCAGACUCCACAUCAUUCUAUCGCUAUCGUCUGGCGUUCCUGAAUCAAUAAUUUUCUUCGAAAACAAGGACUUUUUGGGUGACCGUUGCGAAAUUGAAGUCGAUGGGUGUAAACCGAUGUGCCCUGGGAUGGAGAGAAAAGCCUCAUCCCUGCAAGGAAAUGCCACAUGCGCUCACUUUUAUAGAGAGAAAAAUUGUGAGUCGUACAUCGGUCCUUGGUACGCGGCUGUGGGUCCGUAUGAGGACUUGAAAUGGUCGAUUGGCCAAGACUCCAUUGUUUCUGUCGGGGACUGUUCUCGACCGAUGGAUCCGAUAAAUUCCAUCACAUUUUACGAGGAUAAGGAUUACCACGGAAAGAGAUGCAACAUACAGAUGCCGUCGAAGGGCUGCCAACCGAUGUGCCCAGAUCUCGAUAAAGAGGCCUCAUCUGCAUUUGGAUCGGAAGUCGGCUGCGUCAAGAUGUACAACGAGCCGAACUGCGAGGGAUUUUUGGGGAUUUUGGACCUCACCGGGCCGGUCUCUGAGCCUGAUUUUAAAUCCACAACUCUCCAAGACAGUAUUUCCUCCAUCGGCGACUGUUCCAAUAGUUCCAUUUCACUUUACGAGCAUAAAUACCUAGGCGGGAAGAGAUGUGACAUGCCCGUGCAGGGCUGCCAACCGGUGUGCCCGGAGUUGGUGAAGCAAGCCUCCUCCGCCCAAGGCGACGCGCAAUGCGUUAACGCCUACAGCGAGGCCAAUUGCAAUGGGUUUUUAGGCACCUUGACGUUCAGUGACGGUAAACCCUAUCUUGACUUCAAUAACAAAGUGGUUCAAGAUUCAAUUUCCUCGAUAGGCGAGUGUGUAAGAAACAAUUCCGUUAUAUUCUACGAGCAUAAGAAAUUCGGCGGGAAAAGAUGCGAUAUGCAAGUACAGCAGAGCUGCCAACCCAUAUGCCCGGGAUUGGAUAAGCAAGCCUCAUCCGCACAAGGAUUCAUUAUUUGCGUCCAUGUCUAUGCCAAUGCGAACUGUACCGACCCACUAGGCGCCAUGAAGUUUAGUGAUAAAACGUCCUACUUAGAUUUCUCUGGUACUAGUUUUCAGGAUGCCAUCUCCUCCAUGAAGGCAUGUUGAUAAAUGAAGUACAUCGACGGCGAAAUUCCCAAAUCACGAAUCUCGUCAGCGAUGUCUAAAAAUCUCCGUCCCAAUCAGGGCCGGAUUAAGAGGGUGGCCACAAGGGUCGCGGCCCAUGGCGACAA